ACACACACACGCUCUCUAUAAAUAUUCUCCUCCGCCGCUCGUGCUGAGACGGAGGUUCGGAGGUUUCGGAGAUGGAGGUUAAGGAACCGGAGGAGAGCUCGGAGGAAGACCUGGACAGCGUGAAGGCGCUCACCGAGAAGCUGAAGCUGGAGACGCGCAGACCCUCGUACCUGGAGUGGCAGGAGCGCUUGCGCAGUGCGCCGUGGGGCGGCUGCCGGAGCGCGCGCGAGGCAGACCACGGACCCGCGGAGCGCGAGGACCCCGACGGACCGCGUGAGAUCUGCGGGUUCCGGUCCAUGGACGAUGCGCUGCAGUGGCUUCGGAACGAACUGAGGGAGAUGCAGCUGCAGGACCAGCGGUUGGCACGGCAGCUGAUCCGUCUCCGUGGAGAGCUGCACCGACUAAAGGUGGAGCGUGUGUGUGAUGGACAUCGGGAGAUGCUGGACGACGCCACGCUGGAGCUGGAGGAGUGGGGUGAGGAGUGCGACCUGCUGUGCGACGUGCCGCUGAAGGCCGCCUUCACCCUGUCCACACCGCUCAAACACCUCGGGCUCACCAAGAUGAACCUCAACGCCCGUCGUUUCUCCCUCUGCUGAACAUCUCCAGGCCCUUUGAGAGUGAAAGGUCUCAUGAUAUACUACAGACUUCUGUUGCAUCUCCUCUAGCUUUAAUGAAAUUGAUGACCAACACUUCUCAAAGCCAUGGUGCAUUUAGGAAAAGAUCUUCAGCUGACCGAAGAUCUCAGAAGCUACAGAAUGGUUAAAUAUUGUCAUUUUUGGAGAUCUGGAGCUUCAAGGCUAAAACAGUUAAUCUUAAGGCUCUCAUUACUAAAAACACUUUCAAACACCCUGAGGUCCUCGAAGAAAAGAUAUAUAAUACAUUUAAAAAACUCCAGGAUAACAUCCUAUUCCAGCGCUAUCAGGACGUCACCGCUAGGCCUUUGGUUAGAGCCUGACCUUUGUUCUCCAUUUCUUUUCAAAUUGGGUUGUGUUAAGAAAAACAACAGGAAAAGACUUACUGACUGACCGCAAAGCAAAUAAGGAUCUCUAAAAAAAAGAUGAAUGGUGGCUGGAGAACAUCAUUCUCAAAGAAAUAAGACAUGAUGCCCACCAAAGAUCAACCAAGCCUCCGAUUUGGAACAUGUCACCAUUACAAGUGUUCUAAUGUCACAGUUGUAGGUAACGCCAAAAAAACAAGUCAGAAGAACUCAUGAAGAACAUGAGAAGUAGAAAAUAUGUGUUACGGUGUGUUUCUGUUUAAGUUUAAGAAUUAAGAAUUUUUCGCUCCAUAUAAAUUAUCUGUACAUUCAUUAGAAGAUUCGGGACACUAGAGUUUUCCAGACAUAGGGUUCUUCUCAAAUUGUUCCCACAAGCUUGGAGUAAUGUUAGAAGAUGCCGUAACUGUGUGAUGACUAAAAAAUAAAAUCAGUUUAUUAUAUUAAACAAAAAAUUCUAAAAGGCGAACCGAAAAAACUCAAGUUUACCGUGAUGUCCUACAGUAAAUCCAUCGCUGAGUAGCAACACGUUCUUGAUUACAGAAAUUACCAAAUAGUUUUGGGUCCAGCAAAAGAUCUGACAUUUCCAUAACUAUGGAAGUUAAAACCUUGAAAUAAAGACUAAACGCAUUUAAUAAUCAAUGCAAAGUUACAUUUUAGCAGAAAACACAGGUAAAUAAUUUAAAUGAGCGAGGGCAACGGAAGGACAGGGGGCGCUCACUGGCGCCCCCAGCUGGUUGCGCAAUAAAGUGACCGUGUAGUUUGCCUAUGCCUAGAAACGUUCCUCCGAUCCCUUAACAAAUAGAAACAUAAUCGUUUGUAAAAGACUGUAGUAGCAGAGGAAAAAAACACUUUGGAAAGUGCCUUCAUUGUAAAUGAUACAACUUUAAUUCAGAUUAAUGGAUUUUUUUCUAAUGCACUCCUCAAUGAAGGCUUCAUGCACUUUUUUUAUCACCAUUAAACCUUCAACAUAGAACUUGAGCUGAUGAGGAACCUGGUGAUGUUUCUCCUAGUAUCAGCUGAACCAACACUGAGUCAAAAAAGAAGAAAAAGACGUGGAGGUCCGCAUCUGCACGGAGGCCCAAGUGUUCAAACAGACCACGAUCAUGGAGCUCUAUCGAUUCUCACUCUCAUCCUCUCAUCCCCACUUGGAUGCCUCCCAAAAGUGUGCUCAGAAUUCCAGACACAUUCCACGAGCAUGAAAAUAACUACGAGUCAGAUAUGAGGAGAGACUAAUCACAGCUCACACGCCGGACGAAGACAAGCGGAAGUGUUUAUCACGCUGUAAAAAAUCCUUUGCAGGUAAUUAAUGUGCAAAAGAAUAAAUAUUUUCAAUAAACUCAAAACCAAAAUGUA